AGAAAGCAACCGGCCAGCUCUUUUUGAAGUCAGUUCUUCUAGGGCACAAGAUAUUUGCUUCAAGAGGAAGUAUUAUUGGCUCGCAGCUAAAGAUAAAAUUCCUCUACUGCUCAAUCUUCAUGUUUCUGUACAAUGAGGAGCAGAUAUUUUGCAUUUUAUUCAGGGCUCUGGGUCCUGCUAAUAUCAUUGGGAGCUAUUGCCAGGAAGCCUGGAGCUCCCUGUGGUCGGUGCCCACGGAAUGCCCAUUGUACUGAUGCCACUUUCUGCCGCUGUGAUCCUGGAUUCACUUCCCUGUCUGGACAGGCCAUCUUUAGCAACCCCUUGGAGGUCUGUACAGAUAUCAACGAGUGUGGCCCACCUUUAUACGUGUCUUGCGGGAGCUUUGCAGAUUGUCACAAUGUGGAGGGAAGUCAUUACUGUGAGUGCACCUCUGGGUAUGAGCUCCUUUCAGGAGGUACUAAAUUCAAAAGUGACAAGGAGAAUACUUGUCAAGAUGUGGAUGAAUGCAGCUCAGGACUACACCAAUGCCACAACUCCACCCACUGCAUCAAUGUGAGGGGAAGCUAUAAGUGCUACUGUCACCAUGACUGGGUGACCAGGUCUAUGCCUCCGAAUGAUCUAAACACCACAAUCUGUAAAGAGGUCCCCUUCUCCUCAUGGAAACCACCUUCUGGAGUCAACAGCCAGAGCCUCUCCCGCUUCUUUGACAAAGUUCAGCAGUUAUCUCAAGACUUUAAUCCAGCCUUGGCCAAGAACAGCAUCCAGAACCUCGUGCAGGAGGUGGAUGAGCUUUUGGAGACCCCUGGGGACCUGGAGAGCCUGCCCCUCUCAGAGCAGCACUGUGUGGCCAGCAACCUGCUCACUGGCCUGGAGGACGUUCUGAGAGGGCUGAGCCAGGUCUUGCCCGAUGGGCCAUUGACUCUGCGUGCUCCUGCAGGCACAGAACUUUCUCUGAAGGUGCAGGAGCAAGGAGUUGGAGAUGUCACCUUGGGCCAGAGCCAGGCAAAGAUGCUGUUGAACUGGGACAUGAUGCAGGAAUCCGGUGACUUGGGCCCUUCUGUGGUGGGCCUUGUCUCCAUUCCAGGGAUGAGCAAGUUGCUGGCUGAGGCCCCCCUGGUCCUGGAGCCUAAGAAGCAGGCAGUUCUGCAUGAGACAUACAAGGGCUUGUGGCACAGAGUCUCCCCUGUCCUGCUCUCAGAUGUCAACUCUGCCUUUCUGAGCAACAAGGACACCCAGAACCUCAGCUCCCCAGUCACUUUCAGUUUCUCCCAUAAUCUGGUAAUCUCUGGGCCAAAGGAGGAGGUGCUCUGUGUCUUCUGGGAACGUGGUCAGGAUGGAUGUGGUCACUGGGCCACCACAGGCUGCUGGAUGGUGGGCACCAGAAACACCAGCACCACCUGUCAAUGCACCCACCUCAGCAGCUUUGCUGUCCUCAUGGCCCAGUACGAUGUGCAGGAGGAGGACCCCGCCCUGGCUGUGAUCACCUAUGUGGGGCUGAGCCUGUCUCUGUUGUGCCUCCUCCUGGCGGCCCUCACCUUCCUGCUGUGCAAAGCCAUCCAGAACACCAGCACCUCCCUCCACCUGCAGCUCUCGCUCUGCCUUUUCCUGGCUCACCUGCUCUUCCUCACGGCCAUCGACAGAACUGAGCCCAAGGUGCUGUGCACCAUCAUCGCGGGUGCCUUACACUACCUCUACCUGGCCUCCUUCACCUGGAUGCUGCUGGAGGGCCUGCACCUCUUCCUCACUGCACGCAACCUGAUGGUUGUCAACUACUCCAGCGUGAGCAGGUUCAUGAAGAAGUUCAUGUUCCCUGUGGGCUACGGAGUCCCGGCUGUGAUUGUGGCCAUUUCGGCAGCAUCCAGACCUCACCUAUAUGGAACGCCCAACCGAUGCUGGCUCCAUACACACAAAGGAUUUAUAUGGACUUUCCUUGGCCCCGUCUGCACCAUCUUCUCUAUUAACUUGGCUUUCUUUCUGAUGACCUUCUGGAUUCUGAAAAACAAGCUCUCCUCACUCAACAGUGAUGUGUCCACCCUCCAGAACACGAGGAUGCUGACAUUUAAAGCAACAGCUCAGCUCUUCAUCUUGGGCUGCACGUGGUGUCUGGGCAUCCUGCAGGUGGGCCCAGCUGCCCGCGCCAUGGCCUACCUCUUCACCAUCAUCAACAGUCUGCAGGGCGUCUUCAUCUUCCUGGUGUACUGCCUCCUCAGCCAGCAGGUCCGGGAGCAAUACAGGAAAUGGUUGAAAGGGGUCAAGAAAACCAAAGCUGAGUCUGAAAAGUACACCCUCUCCAGCAGGGCCAUGUCUGAUGACUCCAAACCUAGCAUGGUUAUUUGACUUCUUUACCAAUGUCUUAUUGUUUCCAGUGUACGAAUGUUGCAUUUUUGAACACAGUAUCAUUUUUACACCUUCUUUCUCAGGAAGAAUUAUAAUGAACAGCUACACCAGAUGGUCUUGUCUCCUGGAAAAUGAGGAAAAUUCUGAACUAUCAUUUUUUGGGCAAAGAGUAUAAAAAAUACUUCUUCAUGUUUGUUAUAAGUAACUCUUCAUGACACCAUUGUGGGAGAAAGUUUGACAUUCAGUUGCUGAAGAAUUUGGGUUUUCUGGUCUAUACAGUAUGCUCAGCUCACUCUCAGCACAGUCAAAAAAACUAUGACCCAAUUCUCCAGUUGCCUUGGGUUAAGCCCUCUACUUCAACCUUUUUGUAUACAAAUGUGUUCCUCAAGUCGAAGAUAUUUACUAAGGAAUACUCAAAUGACUUUCUUAAAAUAGCAUAAGAGAGGAAUGUAAUGUUCCAAUACCUGCAUAUAGGGUAAACAACUAAUUCCAGUUACCCAAGACAUUCCUAGUUUUAACACUGAAAGUCCUAUGUCCCAGGCAACUCCUCAGUGCCAGGCAACAAGGACUGUUGUUUACCCCUAUCUACAUGCCUCACUUUCUUCACUCUUCAUUCAUAAAAACUUACUGAUUUACUUACUCAAAAAUUAUGUUUUUAUUACUCACCAUGUGCUGCAUUCAGCUCACAACAGAUUUAAUUCCUGAUUUCAUAGAGCUUACAUGAAAUAAAAAAAACCUAGUUUCUUUAGUUAGAGUAAAAUCAGAUCUCUAUGACUAGAACGUCUACAUCUUUAUAAUUUAUAAUGUGAUCUGUAGGAAAAGGUGUAUAUUGCUACUGCACAUUUUGUAGCAUGUACUUGUACAAAACAUAUUAUUUCAUCCUCGGCAUGUGAUCUACAAAAGAGCUAAAUCCAGAGCAGUUACGCUUAAAAGAAAUUCCCUUUGAGGUCCCACUUACCAAAUUUGAAUCAAUUUGAACAUCAAAGAAAAUUACUAUAAAUGAUUACAACAUAUUAAAAUUUAAAAUCCAUGCAUCCAUAGUGAUACUUAAAAUAUCAGCCAAUAAAUGUAAAAGAUAUGAUAAAAUGAGAAAAAUCAUGAUUUUAUUCAAUAUCCCAUAUGGCCACUAAAAGCAUGGGGCAUUCAACAAACCAAUUAGUUUGGACACUUUUAAAGUCAUUAUCAUUUUUAAAAGUGACUAGAGUCUUCCCUACAUUAAAAUAGAGAAAAAUUAUAUAAAAUCAUAUUCAAUGUCAAUUUUGCUGAGAAUCUGGUUCAGAUAUAUAGUUAUAAAUGACAUUUUGGAGACCAUUGGGAUAAUUUGAAUAUGUAUUAAGCAUUAAAAGUUAUUAUGAAAUGUUUGUUAAUUCUCUUGGGAAUGAUAAUAGUAUUGUGGUUAUAUAAGGAAUAUUCUUUAAAUGCUUCAAUAUUUGUUGAAGAAUUAUUGAAGUUUCAUGAUGUCACCUGAUGACUAUCAAAUGUUCCAGCAAGAAAAUGUAUAUGUGUAUGUAAAUUGAGAAAGGUUUUAAUGUAACGAUAUGUUGAUAAUUAUUGAAUCCAGAUGGAGGGUAUUUGAGUGUUUAUUUUUAUCAUUCUUCCAAAUUCUUUCUAUGUUUAAAAAGGGUAAAAAGAUGUGUCAGAAAAGUAAACAAAUGUAUUAAUUAGUUAUUAAAUCAUUAAAGUAAUACCAUAAUAAAUUCCUAGAUGUCCAGCUCAAAUGCUUUUACUCUGCAAAUAAUGUUUUAUAAAUAGAUAUUUUAUGAAACUUUGAAUUUACAUGACUAUGUGGUAAUAGAUUUAAAUUAAAAAUAAAAUAAAUUUAUUUAAAUAU